UUGGAGAAUUCAUACUUGCUUUUGGAGGCAAGAGAUUAAGCCAGCCUUUCCCUCCCCCCCCUUACACAUGGCUUGCUGGAAUCACUUUUGGGGGGCCGUUAUCGCUUUCUGGACCAUCCUCGGUUCAAAUCACGCCUUUCCAGAUGGAGCCCCCGAAUCUGCCUGUGAAAAUAUGUUGCCUGUCCAUAUUGGAGUACAGGCGCAACAAGUUCCUAGUCCUUAUGAAAUUUCGCUUAGUACAUCUUCCUUCCAAAACGGGCAGUUGGUUAAUGUUCAGAUCCUGGGAGCUGCCUAUCGGGGAUUGCUGUUGGAGGUGCGUUCGUUUCAGCUGGCUACUGCUGCCCUGGGAUUUUGGCAAACUCCUCCAAACAAUACCAGAUAUUUACAGUGCUCUGGAAAUCUUCACGGGGCCAUUACUCAUGCCAACACCAACUUGAAAAUGAAAGAGAUCUACUCCUGGCUCCCACCUACCUUACACUCUCCCCCGAUAGUUUACUUUGUGGCUACCGUAGCCCAAUCACACGACAUCUACUGGACCAACAUCAAAUCUAAAGUGAUCUGGAGAAAUCAAGACGCAUCUGGAGUGGAAACAUCUGGGAGACAAUUUUCCGCAAUUUCUGCAGGAAUUGCCUGUUUGGUACUGAUGAUUUUGCUUAUGUAAUUGUUUUUCAAAAGGUGUAAUCGAAGCAAUUGUGUUAUCUAUUUUUACUGUCUCAAGAGUAGCCUUUCUUAGAAUCCUGUUUUUCUGCUCCCAAGUUUGUAACACAUUCACUUGCAACGCUUGUUUUAGAUGUUGUUUUAUUUAGAUUAAAUGCUUUAAUGAAAUAAAGAAUAUCAGGUCAU